AUGCGUUAUGUGUCGGCUUAUCUGUUGUCCUCUUUGGGGGGCAAUAAGAACCCAUCGCAGGAGGACAUCAAACGCAUCCUCAGCUCAGUUGGCAUUGAAGUCGACGCCGAGAAGGCGGCCAAAGUUGUCAAAGAACUCAACGGCAAGUCCAUCGACGAGAUCAUUGCCAAAGUUAUUAGUGCUGUUAUUGAGUCCAUUGGAAGGGCUGUCAUCGGUGGCGGCGGACGACGAGUGCAGACAUUGCAUCUUCAGCUGCGACUCAGCGAUGUCUUGGAGUGCACUCUGGAUCUGUUCGAGCAGUUCUUCGCCCCGUUUCACAGUCUCUCCCAAACGUUGCGCCGAAUCGUUGUUCUCCUGCUCUAA